AUGAAUCCAUUUAAGAAACAGAAAAGAGAUAAUGAUAUUACAUCAGAUAUAGAUAGAUCAGUAUUAAAUUUUGAUUUAGAGAAGAUAUGCAGUGUUAAAUUGACAUCAAAUAAUAUUUAUUGUUGCUUAAAAUGUGGGAAAUUUUUCGAAGGGAGAUCAAAUUCAUCACCAGCUUAUAAUCACUUCAUUCAAACAUUUCAUAGUAAAUACCUUAAUUUGACUACUAAAAAGUUUUACACACUACCUGAAAAAAAUGAAAUUGAGACAACAAUUGGAUUACAAGACAUAAUUGAGAAUUUAGAACCUCGUUAUAAAAAGGAAGAUAUUGAAACACUACCAAGAAUUUCAUUCGAUUUAAAUGAUAAAAAAUACAUGGUAGGAUACGUUGGACUUCAUAAUGUUAAUAAUUCUGAUUAUUUAAAUGUAAUUAUCCAGAUGUUUGCUCAUGUCAAACCAAUUAGAGAUUAUUAUCUAUUAUACGAAUCUGAAACAAACAAUUUGGAAAAUAAAUUAGCAUUAUUAAUCAAGAAAAUAUGGUCACCUUUAUUAUUCAAGAGUCAAGUAUCACCAGUAGAGUUAGUCAAUAGUUUAAAGAAGGACUUUCAUCACUUACCAAAACAAUUUUUGGUUUGGCUACUUAAUAAAGGUCAUUUUCAAAAUACAUUUCAAGGAAGUAUUGAGAUUACAACUAUACCGAUCGACUCACAUGAGUUAAAUAAUAAAGUAGAGUUUAUUAGAGUAGAUAAUAAGAAGAAACUAGUCGAGCUGAAAUUUUGGUUACUAUCAUUAAAUGUACCAUUGAAUACAUUGCAUGAAAAUAAUAAAAGAGUUGAUUUACAAGAUUUGAUGAUUAAGUAUUCUGGUGAAGAAGUACAGGAAGAGAAAUGCAUUAAGAUAUAUAAGAUCACAAAACUACCGAAGUAUUUGAUAAUCUCAUUUGAGAAAAGUCAAAAUUCGGCUAUUGUGAAUUUUCCAGAAACUUUAAAAGUUAACUCAUCAAACUAUCAAUUAAUCUCAAGUAUAAAGAAGGCAGAUGGUUGGUCGAUCUCAUUAAAGACUAAAGAAGACACCUGGUUAGAUAUGAAAGAUACAAAAGUAGAAUCAACAAAGAAAGAUUUAUUACAUUUAAGUGAUAACUAUAUUCAAGUAUGGGAGUUAAUAUAA